AUGCAUUCAAGUCGACUAAGAAAACGCCGUGCAGAGAGAUUGGAGACCAUCCAGGACCUUGUCCCAUCUCUACCUGCAGCCCCAUUGACAUCCCCGCUAUUUACCGUUUUCCCCGCCGAGAUCCGCAAUCGCGUUUAUACGUUCGCCCUUGAGUCCGAGGAUGUUCUCACAGACGACAGUUCUCACUCCCUCUACAAGCAAAAUGCUUUCUACUACCGACCCGGUUAUAAGCAGCCCAAGCGCAUCCAAACUGCCCUCCUCCAGACAUGUCAGCAAAUCUACGCUGAGGCGUCCCUCCUCCCACCGGCUGUAAAUGAGCAUACUUUCUGGUUUUAUCGGUCUCCGCCGCAUGUCAAUGAUGCCUCGUCACCGCUGAAUUACUUUCGCAAGAUGACCCCAAAACAGCGCGCUCAGGUGCAGCAUUUGCACCUAUUCACCCAACAGUAUUUCCUAGAGGACAACCAUUGGUCUCAGAUAUGGGAGGGGUUGAAGAUAGGCGACGACGGGCGCAGUUUGCGAGGGGAGUGCAGGAUUGCCCCGAAGAAGAUGACCAUCACCUUUCGCCACACGGACUGGUGGUACUGGGAGAACAAUGACCCCCUGGGCAUCGAUCCGUUCCGGCCCGGGAGAACCCACGCCACCGAUAUGGGCAAGGCUGUUUCCCCGCACGACGCCGCUCGAUCAUGGGGGAACCAAUUCAGCUCUAUCCCCUGCCUUGAGGAAUUGGUGAUCGAGUUCGAGACCAUCAUGCGGAAGAGGGGCCAGCUAGAUGACAUCAUACAACAAGCUCUCGAGUGGAAAUUUCCUAUGGAGGCUGACAAGGGCUUAUAUCUGGUGGCUGACCCCAAGUCAAAGAGCGCAUAUACUUGGGCUGGGGCGAAAGAGGCGGAGCUGAAAAGACAGAGACCUGUACGACCGGUCGAUGCUGAGGCUGAGUCGGAAUCUGCCCACGAACAGGAGCCGGUUCCUGCGGCUCCGGCUUUGGUGCCAUAUGAUCCUCAGUCCGACUCGGGCACAAAUAACCAUCCCCCAUCUGACACAGAUACGGAGAAGUUCUAUGUCGUCUUCUUGACUUGGAGGAAACAGCGUGUCCUGGAGUGA